AAAUGAGCCAUCACUGUGUACCAUUUAACGAUCAGGACAAAUCAUCAGGAAACGAACUAUGGUGGAGGACAUUUGCCAAAACAUUCUAUUCUUGUUGGGCUUGUUUUCAUAUCUCUCUACGUUACAUCCCGUACCUACGCAUGUAGUUGCUGUAGUAAACAAUCUGGGAAAUAAUAGGAGUUACCUGAUUGUGCUAAAGGACCCACCAACUACAGUACAGUCUCCAAGAAAUCAGACGGGAAAUGUCCGAGACCCGGAAAAGGAUAGGGAAAGGUCACUUCUUCCUCUCCCUCCAAGACCAGGCCAGGCUAUCACUAAUCCAGUUUAUGCUGUUUUUGGAGAUAAUUGGGAGAAAGAGCAUUCGCCGCUUCCUCCACUACCUGCUGAUGCCAAAGUUGAAUCUCCCGCUGCAAAACCCGCUGCUGCCCCACCAACGCUGCCACAAAAGAUCCCUCCCCCUCCGAAACCUCAUGAGGGACGCGGAUACUUCCCUAAGGGUCCCCCUCCAAACCCACAUCGUGAUUUGAAGCCUAAAGAGACACCUCCAACUCCGCCAAGGCAUAGACCUACAACACCUGUUCGAUCAGCAUCACUUUAUGUGGCAAAACCACUUCCUCCAAAGCCUCCGCGUCGAGUAAACUCAUUAGGCGGCAUUAAGCUAACGUUGCGACCGUGACGGCAAGAAAAUCAAAGUGUACGACUGCGGAACCAACAGUAAGUUGGAGCGGCACUGAGCGGAAGGACCAUCGGCCACAGCAGUUCUUCAUGGGCGAAAGCAUUCAAUAUUAUUUGUGCCAUAGCGGUCACCGAAGUACCAACUGUUCUGAACCGAUUGCAAGAUGCAGCAAUGCGGGAUGCUUCGAGGUCCAACAAUGGUUCAUGUUCUGGCUUUUGAUGAGCUGGCGCUCCUGGUUCAUUCAACAACCAUGUACGUGCUUCUUCAGAGACAACUGGAUAAUUGGUAAAGUGCGCAAGAAAAAGCAAUUUUUUAACGAUUCGAUUCAGUAGGCAUGAAGAAGAUUUAUCCUAAGUGCUGGAUUUUAUUCCUGGAAGUUUAUUUCGUCAUUGCACCAAGUCGAAAUCAAUGCCUAUGUAUAUCAAAUACAUUACGUGGUUCCUUCAGCACAGUGUCACAACCAAUGUACUGUUCCGCGAAUGUUUUGUUGCAAUAAAAUACCUUGA